UGGGAGACGGGAGCAACUAGCGCCAUAUCGUGAACUAAGUGUAAAAAUAGGGUGUAAGUCGACGUUUUCAGGCGUGUAUGCAAAAGUGACCGAAAAGAGUGUUGCGCUUUAGCUGCAUACGCUUGAAGAAAUUUAGCGAAUAAUAGCGUAAUAAUAUCAGUAAGCAGAGAAAAGCGCGUAUAAACAUGUCGGCGGCCAGUCAGACAGCAUCAGCGCCCCCCAAAACCCAGCCGAGGACUUCAACCACAGACAGAGUGAUUGACACCGUACUAUUCCCUCCGAGUCAUAAACUCACUUUAGCGGAGGUAUUUGAUGCGCGCACUGGAAAACCACAGCCCGAAGUACUCAAACAGCAUUUUAUCCUGGAAGGACGUAUAGAGGAGGCAGCAGCGCUGCGUAUCAUCCAGGAGGGUGCGGAUCUGCUCAAGGCCGAAAAAACAAUGAUUGACAUUGAGGCGCCAGUAACUGUGUGCGGCGACAUUCACGGUCAAUUUUAUGACCUUAUGAAAUUGUUCGAAGUGGGUGGACCGCCAUCCACUACUAAGUAUCUUUUUCUGGGUGAUUAUGUUGACCGGGGUUAUUUCAGUAUCGAGUGUGUUCUGUAUUUAUGGGCUCUCAAACGUUGUUAUUGCAAUUCAUUGUAUCUACUUCGCGGAAACCACGAGUGUCGCCACCUAACCGAAUACUUUACUUUCAAACAAGAAUGUAAAAUUAAAUACUCUGAACGUGUCUACGAUGCAUGCAUGGAAGCGUUUGAUUGUCUACCGCUGGCGGCUUUAAUGAAUCAGCAGUUCCUUUGCGUUCACGGUGGUUUGUCACCAGAAAUUCAUGAUCUGGAUGACAUAAGGAAGUUGGAUAGAUUUAAGGAGCCACCUGCAUAUGGACCAAUGUGCGAUCUGUUGUGGUCGGAUCCUUUGGAGGACUUCGGCAAUGAAAAGAGUUGCGAGUUUUAUUCUCAUAAUAGCGUCCGUGGUUGCUCUUACUUCUAUAGCUACGCUGCUUGUUGCGACUUUUUGCAGAAUAAUAAUUUACUUAGUAUCAUUCGAGCACACGAAGCACAAGACGCAGGAUACAGAAUGUAUAGGAAGAGUCAGACUACUGGAUUUCCAUCAUUAAUUACAAUAUUUUCGGCACCGAAUUAUCUUGAUGUGUAUAAUAACAAGGCGGCUGUACUAAAAUAUGAAAACAACGUGAUGAACAUACGCCAAUUUAAUUGCUCACCCCAUCCUUAUUGGCUUCCAAAUUUCAUGGAUGUAUUCACGUGGUCAUUACCGUUUGUGGGUGAAAAAGUCACUGAAAUGCUAGUCAACGUUCUUAACAUUUGCUCUGACGACGAAUUAAUGUCUGAUGGGGACGAUGCAUUGGAAGAAGUUAAAAAGCGAAUCAUACUGAAAAAUAAAACUGGUAAUGCAGCGAAUCUGCGAAAGGAAGUGAUUCGUAAUAAGAUCCGCGCCAUUGGGAAAAUGGCACGUGUUUUCUCUGUACUGCGGGAGGAAUCUGAGUCUGUUUUGCAAUUGAAAGGACUUACACCCACCGGAGCUCUGCCACUUGGUGCCCUUUCAGGUGGCAAGACAUCUCUAAAAAAUGCUCUACAAGGAUUUUCUCCCAAUCACAAGAUCACAUCGUUCGCUGAGGCUAAGGGUCUAGAUGCCAUUAACGAACGAAUGCCACCACGUAAGGAUGUGCCGCCUACACCGAGUCCCAGUGACGAAGCUAAAGCUCCACCAGAGAGUCAAAAGAAUAGCCAUGCGGCAUCAUGAAGUGAUACCACAUCAUCGCAACGCCCUUUUGCGAAAAAACAGCAAUAAAAGGGCGACAAUCAGCAUUGUACUUAUUGUGCGAGUGUUUGUGAUUUUACGCAGAUGGGAGCGUACACAAUGGACUCAAAUGGGCCGAUAGAGAACAGGAAUGGCGACUAAAAAGACAAAAAAAAACGACUCAGAAUGUGUGUGAACACACAUAUUAACACCUAUACAUUAUGAUAGUCAUCUUAAUGUGUGACUGACAUGGUGUGUACCUUCCUCAAUUAAUUCUUUUUUUGUGUUGAUACUGAUACAAUGUUUGAAAAUUGGUUUUCCUGCAUAUAAAAUAUGUAUUUCUCUUUUUGUAACAACAUUAUUCAUAAAAAUUUGUUGGGCGAUAUCCUAAAAAUUCAAGAUGAUAAAAAUUACUAAUGCAUGCAAAAGAAAAGAUGUAGGUUUAUGAUGGUAAGAGGUUAUAAAGUGGUAGAUUGUCAUAUACAUAAAACGUAUGCAAAAUAUACUUUCUUACAAGCAAUAGGCAAUUACAACUGUAAGUGUUGUUUGGGGGUGAAAUUGCUAGUAACUCUCACUUUAGUAAUGCAAAUAAAUAAAACUCAGCGAAUUUUUCGACACGUUUCCCCAAAUUAACUGCAUCUUAAAUCUAAUUACAAUGUCCGUAACAAAUUCUAUUUCAUUUUAAUAAAAAUGCACUUUAAUUGGAAAUAAAGUAAACAGUCAUGUUUUAUCACAUUAGAUUACAAUAUAAAAAUUUUGUUACCCAUUUAGAAUACAUAAAAAAAACCUUUAAUAUAAAACAAAAUUUAUACCUAUAGACAUAACUAUUGAGACGAAUAUGACUUAAAAUUGACUCAGGAUGUAGCUUUACAUUUAAGGUUCGACAAUAUUUUGUUUGUUAAUUUCCAACACCAUAUCUUUUUAAUCUACAGUCUAUUUUAGUCAGUACAUUAUCUCAUCAAGCGCCAUUGUUGCCCAUUCUAUAUCUUUAUGUAUCGACUAUGAUGAAUUAUAAGUUAUAUUAAGUCUGAAAAAUAGUAAAAAGGAAUUGUAUAAUAAUUUUUGUCUAAUGGAGUGUGAUUAAUAUUACCAGCCAACCAGUCUUUGAUUCUGAUACCAAAACAUUUUUUUUUUACUUUAUAAUGUAUUAAUAAAUAACAACCAUAACACAGUUACGUCCAUAAUUUUACGCGUCAUAUAAAUUGAAUAUUUCUGUUGUAAGAUCCUUUUUCAAAAAAAAUCACACCAAUAAGAGCGAGGAAAAGAUAAUAUUCAACAUAAUGGGUUGAAAACAGUAACUAAUAGGACUCUAGGCGUGUGCAACAAGAUUAGCGGACUUUUGAUGUUUUCAAAAUCGUGUUCGAGCAUUUUUAUAGAGUGGAUAUUUUGCGUUUUAAAAACUUCGAGAAUUAUAGCAAGUUCACAUCGAACCGUGAAACGAUUAAAAGAGAAAAGUUAACAAGAUCAAACCAUUAGCUCAUUUGUUUGCUCGUUCUAUAACAUUUUCCUUAUUAGUUGGGAUCCAAAUACAGCCUUCAACGGAGGAAAGUAUAAGUCUGCACUGAAAGUUUUCCGUUAUGUUUUUUCCGUCCUAUUAAUGUGUAAAUCUUUCUUCAUAUGCAGUUCUAAGAACAAUAACUUUUCUAACACCACUCUAUAUAAGAAGCUGUUUCUGGAACAGUAGCGUUUGAUUAUUGUUUACGGCUACCACAUUAUAAAAAGAAAUUAAAAAAAAUUACUUUCCACUUGUAUAGCCUCUUAUAGUACUUACAUAAAAAGUUUUCAGAUUUACCAUAUCACCUUUUACGUUGUCACCAUCCCGUGGCAGAUUUUUUUUUUCAGAAAUUCAAACAAGUGAUAGAAAACUAUUCUCCCAAUACUCAUAGUGUUUCUCCUAAUUCAUUAAUAUAAUUAUGGUCUGUCUCCUAAUAGAUUUUUGCAUGACUGUUUCCAAAAAUGUAGUUUGAGAAAGAAAUAUAUUUCACGUUUAAUUACUACA